AAAAAUUGGUAAUUGUAACUUAUUUCGUAAUAUCUUUCAUUGUUGUCGUUCAUUAAAUACAUCCAUAAAAUGUUAAUACAUAAACAUAUAAAUUAAAUGUAAGUGUGAAAUGUUAAAACAAAACAACUUCUCUCAUAACAUCGAUGUUACGUGGAAAACUUUUGUCCGAGAAUCUUGCGAUGUCCCAACAGUAUCUACGCAAAAGAAAGAUUACUGCCUAGAUUUUGAAAAAAAUGAAGCAAGAAAGGCAUACGAAGAAAUUAUAAAUGAAAAGAGCGAUGUGGCGUUUCAGCCUGAACACAGACAUUACAAAGCAAAAAGAUUCAACAAUCAAAGUGUUUCGUCAAAUGAAAGGACCAAAAACAAUCAGACUCCCACGGAAAAAGUGACAAUUAAUGCUAUAUUAAAAGCAGUGGAACAAAAAGACUUGAAAUAUUUAUCAGAGUAUGUGACUUGGGAGAAUGUUAAUUUAACCGAUGAUUUUGGUUGGACUCCUCUCAUGUCAGCUGCAUAUUGUGGUCACUUAGAUGUUAUAGAAUUUUUACUAAAUCUUGGUGCCAAUAGAAAAGCUAGAGAAAGAUCUGGUCUUACUGCAGCACAAUUAGCAUUGAAAAAAAAUUAUUUGAACAUAGUUGCAUUGCUGAAGAAAAGAUCAGAACCUACAUCUAACAAAACAGCGGAAACACUUACAAAUAUUUCAGAGACAAAUGUGGAUGUUUCAUUACAGAUGAGACAAGAGCUUUUAAAUAACGAUGAUAGGAAAGAAUGUUCCAAAGAAGAGACAGGAUUUUAUUGUAAAAUUUGCAAAAUUAAUUUUUACCAAACAAUUUGGAAAGAACAUGAGACAUCUACACUUCAUAUUUUUAAUAGUAAACCAAAAUUAACAAAUAUAAUGUAUGGAAUAUCAAAACAAAAUAAAGGUUAUCAAAUGCUUUUAAACUAUGGAUGGGAUGAACAAGUUGGUCUUGGUCCUACAGGAAAAGGAAUGAAAUACCCCAUUAAAACCUGUCUAAAAUCUGAUAGAAAAGGAAUAGGAAUGUCUAAUGAGAAAGAAUACAGAACUCUAGAACAUUUACAACAAGUAGAAGAAAAAGCUAAUGAAAUUCUCACUGAUCGACAAGAAGUAAUUGCCUUGGAUAAAAGAAGAAAUAAUGAUAGAGUUGGAAUGAGGGCAUUGCAGAAGGAGAAUUGUGAAAAAAUUUGGAUAACUACUGGGCCAUUAUUGGUGAAGAUGCCAUCCAAAAUUGCAGAAGAACUACUUGUUAAAGAUCAAAGAGAAUGUGACAUUGAAAUUAACAAGCUAAGAAGUAAUUUAAAAGUUAAAGUGAAUGAAUUGAGAGAUCUAGAACUUAAUCCACCUGUUCCAGGUUUAAUGUUGCAACCCAUGUCUUACCAAGAAAUGUCAGCAAUAAAACAAAUUUUAGGUCAAAAUUCUUAACUAUAUUCAAAAUAUAAUAAGAAUAUUAUAAAAAGUAAUAAAAUAAUAA